UCUACCCCACGCACACGUACAUACACACAUACAAUCAAUAGAACUGCGAAUCCAAAAUCAGCUGUUUAUCAGUCGAGUAAAAUUAGGUUAGAAUAUCACAAGUGUAUUCGCAUUGCUUUUAGAGCUGACUUCGAGGCGAUUUAAAUUUUUAACUAAUAAUGUUAGCGAGGCGAUUGACGUUCGCGUUCGGUAAACAACUACGCGAGCGUUCGUGCUUUCCAGAUAAUUCGCUCACUCCAGCGGCACGCAGUUACGGCGUGGAUCACGAGAAGCGACAAUAUGAGUGGAGAGAAAACGAACACAAUGCGGUGACAACCCAAAUCGGAGACGAUCCGGAAAAGCCCAAGACGAUCAUGUGGUUUCCCACGGCUGCACGUAAGGAAACCGAUUUCUCCCUCAGCAACAUUGUGAAGUGGUACAAGCACCGGAAAGUCAUUUACGCCAAGGCCAAUCAAGCAUUUAUACCGGAGAGGCACAAGAUCCUGGGCGCUGAUCUGGCCACCGCACACUUCAUUCUUUUUCGCGGCGGCCGAGUCAAAUUUAAGAACAAUACCUUGUGGACAGAACAGGAUGAGAAGGGCUUGUAUCAAUUGCCCGAGAGUUACGACCCGCACUACAUCCUCGAGGCAGUGGACAUGAACGGAUUCGACUUGCAUUACGAAGGUCUCAGUAAUUUAUGUGGCCUUGUAAAACUCAAGUGGCUCAGCCUUAAAGGCUGUAAGAAUAUCGACGAUUGGGGCUUAGACAAAAUCUCAGCGGAAUUCCCAGAAUUGGAAUACUUGGACAUCUCUGGUUGUGAAAAGAUCAGCGAAAGAGGAUUAGAAUCUCUGUACAGAAUGAUCAAUUUAAAGAAGCUGAUCGCAACGAAUUAUCACAAUUCCGUUGCCUUUGAGCUGACUUGUUUUAUGUUGGAGGAUUGCAUGCCAGGAUUGUCUUGUGAAAUUCUUACACCUGAGGAGAAGACUAAAGAUUAAUUCCAACAAAAGAUUAGAAACAUUAGCAAUAAUUUGUGUGACUAUAACAAAAUAUAUUUAUCUCUUUGUU